AUGGGCCGGAAAACAACGACCCAUUGGGACGUCUACAACACUCAGCUCGCCUGCUUAAACCACGGUCGAGCACUUUGGGAAGCCGAUCCCAAAGCUAACGGAGAAGACGUGAGGGUCGAAGUUGGCGACGUCGGCUAUAUCAGGAACGGGGGCUUUCACCGUCUAUUUAACAUAUUGCUCCCCGCCGACGACCCCUCUCACCGAAGCCUGGGUGUCCCCGAAAAUUUCUCCCCACUGAAACCGGUAGGAAAAGUUACUCAGUCCCGGAAUCCCAUCGAGAAGCGGGCGCUUCACUCGCAUAGCGUUCGAAACAUUUCAGGAACUGCUGGGGUAUCAGCCGGGGACACUGCGGGCGGGUCUGGGGAAUUAUCCUUCUCUUGUACGAAAGAAAGAGGGGCCGCUCUCAUCUUGUUCGACAAGGCCUUUCGCAAGGACGUCCUUUCCACAGAACUUUUUGAAGAUUUUUUCCUGGAUAAUUACGAGUCCUGGGCCGCCUUUGCCAGCCGUCUCAAGCGAGGUGUCUCGUUAUCGGACAUCAUCCUUGUAACAGGUCGAGACGUGACAACACGAUGGGCCAUGGUCGCGUUCACACGUUCUGAGGGCAAUGCCAGCGUUGGAGUAGGGGCGGGCAUUCCUGGCGUUACAGCUACGUUCGGCAUGUCUUACGGUUGGAGGACCCAGGGGAUAGUCCAUUCCCAUCACGGUCCUCAGCCGGUUGAUCCUCCUUCUCCAGGUCGAGGAAAGGUCGUUCUUCAUGACCCGCAAACAAAUGCCACGUAUGACCAGUGCGUUUUUGUCAGGGGAUACAGCAUGCGGGCUGCUGUCCCAAGGCCAUUCAAAUUGAAGGCUGCUGCCGGUCCUGACGAUCUCGGAUCAGGGGACCGAAGCCCAGACAACGUUCCAGAGUUGUUCACUCUGUCCGGAGAGUCUCCGGCGAACACUUGCGAUCUCAAUCCGCUAUCUCCUGUCUUAGACUACAUCUUGAAGAACUCCUCUGCCAAGAUAGCGAUUGCCCAUGACGAUGACCUACAUCCAUAUGUCAAGGACUCAUCAGAUCCUGACGAGGUCCAGAAAGCGAUAGAAGCGGUGGCACCAAGGAUCAUCCUGUCCGAGGGCCGAGGCAAGAUCGACAGAACACACCUUGUCUCCAGUUCAAGUGACGAUGCGGAGCCACGUAACGCCACCGCGGGUACCUCUCUACAUCCUCCUGCUUAUGAGGAUAGAAAAAAUGUGAUCAAAAUCAAGAUCAGAUCUGUCGCCCGGAUGAUGAGGGUGCUUUCCGUACUUCGAGAGGAGUCAGAGAAGGUUUCUGAACUCAAGAGCAGGUCUGACGAUGGUAAACUUCCCCCGGGUAUUCUGGUUCUUGGGUCGGAGAGCAUUAGAGAUGUCUCCUUGGAGUUCAUCGGUCGGUCACAGCCAGCAAGUCCAGUCGAGACCUCGAGGGACUCUUGGUUUGCGAGUAUGAGCCCCGAGACCUCCGAUACGGGGGGAACCAUUUCUUUGACAGCGGCGCUGGAACGGCACACACAUAUUUCACAUACAUCCAGCAGGUCGCAAGGGCCGCCCCCUUACGCUGCUAGUUCUCCAGGAGAUAACACACUCGCUGUGCCGGUACCGAUGCCGGCUGGAGGCGGGAAUCCCCUCGACCUCCCGGGAUCUUUGCAAAUGAACCCAGCUAUUGAGACAUCUCGGAGCAGCGCAGCCGACGUAACGGAGGGUGAUUCUCAGGAUGCUGCCGGUGCGCCGCCCCAAAUCACAGCAACAGGACGGUGGAAGUCUGUCAGGACAAAGAUGGCUGCCCUUGCACAGUUUAAGAGGGCCUUGAAUAGGAGAAGAGAGCCCGAGCUCAUCAAGCAGCGCUGA